UGCCGUCGAAAGGUUGCAUCUAUCGGAUGAGCGAGGAGGAACAGGAGGUCCUUCGUGCACAACUCGACGACUUGUUGGCCAAGGGCUGGAUCCGCCCUAGCAGCUCCCCAUAUGGAGCACCAGUUCUCUUCGUAAGGAAGAAGAACAAGGAUCUACCUCUAUGCAUCGACUACCGCAAGCUCAACGCGCAAACUGUGAAAAAUGCGGGGCCUCUUUCUCGUAUCGACGAUCUUCUUGAGCGACUGAGCGGUGCUAAGUUCUUUUCUAAGUUAGACUUGAAGUCGGGGUAUCAUCAGAUUUCGAUACGCCCGAAUGAUUGCUACAAGACCGCAUUCAAGACACGGUAUGGGCAUUUUGAGUGGGUGGUCAUGCCUUUUGGCCUCACCAAUGCCCCGGCAACCUUCCAGGCGGCCAUGACCCACGAGUUUCGUGCUAUGUUGGAUCGGUUCGUGCUGGUCUACCUAGACGACAUUCUCUUCUACAGCCGGACUCUGGAGGACCAUCUUGAGCAUCUUCGAGGUGUGUUGGAGACGCUCCGCCGUGCCAAGUACCAAGCCAACUGCGACAAGUGCGAGUUUGUCCGGCAAGAGCUUGAGUACUUGGGCCAUUUUGUCACACCAGAGGGCAUCARCCCGCUAUCAGAGAAAAUUCAAGCCAUCCAGGAGUGGCCGGAGCCGCGUAACGUCACGGAUGUCCGUUCGUUUCUUGGUCUUGCCGGCUACUAUCAGCGCUUCAUCAAGGGCUAUUCGAAGAUCGCGGCCCACUUGACCAAGCUUCAAUGCGAGGAUCGGUGGUUUGACUUCGAUGAGGAUGCGCGGGAAUCUUUCUUGGCUUUCAAAGCUGCACUUUUGUCAGCGGAGGUCUUGCGAAUCUACGACGUGCUAUUGCCCACACGCGUCACUACUGAAGCGUCUGGCUAUGCUAUUGGCACUGUCCUCGAGCAACACGAUGGCGUGGACUGGCACCCGGUCGAGUAUUUCUGCACGAAGGUGCCCGUCGUGCACUCUAUUGAUGACGCGAGGAAGAAGGAAUUAUUGGCCUUCGUACACGCACUCAAGCGCUGACGGCAUUGCCUUCUUGGUAGACGGCAGUUCCGAUGGGUAACGGAAAACAAUCCGUUGGUCUUUUACAAGACCCAGGACAAA